GUGGGAGCAGCCAAAGCAAUAACUCCCCGCUGCUCCCAAGACCUCUAAAACCGACAUCGGUUUUCUUUCUCCUUGGUCAGCUACCACAGUCACAGAUAUCAAAUUUCCGGGCAUCUCUUUUGUUUCUUUAUUUUUUUUUCAGUCACAGUCCUCGCAAAUCGCCCGGGAGUUCGGAAUCUUCUCCCUUCCCGCCAUCCCGACUCUCGCUUACAAUUAGCUCUCGCCGCCGCCGAAAAACAGAGCCAUGUCGGCAACACCCCUCAGCAGCUUUGCUCAGGUGCUGACAAGUUCCCUGGCAGAAGCCAAGCUCGUGCCUGGCUCAGCGGAAGCACUCAUUCCUCGGGGGUUUGAGCCAACCACGCGACUGGGUGUCUCAUUCGAGGGCCGGGAUGUUGAACUGGGUAACCUUUUGCGAGUGAGCGAGGUUAAGCAAGCUCCAUUUGUGUCUUUUGAGGCUGAAGCUGGGGAUUCAUCGGGAGACGCAUCUUAUAUGUUGCUCCUAAUCGACCCCGACGCACCCACACCAGACGACCCUAAAUUUGCAUUUUGGCGGCAUUGGGUUCUGCCAGGGUUGAGGCCAUUAACUUCAGCUGAUGGCAUCGUUGCCCAGACAAAGCCGGUGCUCACUGAGUAUCUUGCUCCGGGUCCUAAAGAUGAUUCGAAACCACAUCGGUAUCUGUUCCUGCUCUUCCGAGAGCCCCAUGGCCUGACUCUUACAAAAGAAGACGUUGGCGGCGAAGAAUUUGUCCAAAGACGCUCCUUUGAUCCUGUCACGUUUGUCGAGAAGCAUCAGCUACAGUUAGUCAGUGUAAACUGGAUGAAGGGUGCUGGCGAUGGCUGGAAGGAGUAAAAGACGGGGCAUCCUGGCAGUGUCAUCCUCUUCUUCUCUCGCUUCCCAUUCUUUUUGCCAGAUAGGGCCAUAGCGAGCGGCUGUGAAGCACAAUGAU